AUGAAAAUGUAAUUAUGUACAAGGGAAAAACGAACAGACAAUUUAGCUUGUGCAGCUCUGACCACAGUGCUAGGAGGACCAAACCAUUACAGCCAAAGGAUUGAGUGAAAAUGGCGUCUGGUUGCUCAGUGCGAUUCCCAUGUAAUCCUCGUCUGAUUAGCUAGCUAGAUUUAACAAUAUCGUUGAUAAUUGUUUGCACAGUUGGCCACAGUUUCUGUCUAACAAGCGCAUACUCUGAUUCUGAAACAUAGCAGUUCAUCAUGUCAGACUCGGAAGAAGACAGUCAGGAUCGGCAACUUAAAAUUGUGGUUAUCGGGGAUGGUGCAUCUGGGAAGACAUCACUCGCCACCAGGUUUGCCCAGGAGGCCUUUGGGAAACAGUACAAACAAACAAUCGGUCUGGAUUUCUUUCUGAAGAGGAUAACUCUGCCAGGCAACUUGAAUGUCACGCUUCAGGUGUGGGACAUUGGAGGUCAAACAUUAGGAGGAAAAAUGCUGGAUAAAUACGUAUACGGGGCUCAGGGGGUUCUACUAGUGUACGACAUCACCAGCUACCAAAGCUUUGAGAACCUGGAGGAUUGGUACAGCAUGGUGAAGAAGGCCAACGAGGAGGCCGACGCUCAGCCUGUCGUCUCCCUGAUAGGGAACAAAAUCGACCUGGAGCAUAUGAGGACGGUGAAGGCUGACAAACACCAGCGCUUCUGCCAGGAGAACGGCCUCAUCAGUCAGUUCGUAUCAGCAAAGACGGGAGACUCGGUGUUCCUGUGUUUCCAGAGAGUGGCUGCUGAGAUUCUGGGUGUGAAGCUGAACAAGGCGGAGAUUGAGCAGUCCCAGAGGAUUGUGAAAGCUGAGCUGGUGGACUACCCUCAGGAUGAAGGCCCCAUUAAACAAGAGUCCAAUCAGAGCAAAAUCUGUUCUGUUCAGUAGUGGAACAUGUGGUGAAAGCAGACAUUGUGAACUACAGUCAGGAGCCAGUGGCCAGAACUGUCAACCCCCCACGCAGCUCCAUGUGUACGGUGCAGUGAGCACCCCCACUCUCCCCAGCCCUGCAAAACCCUCUGCCCCCCCCCCCCCACACACACACACACACUCACUCACACAAACUCAGUUGUUUAAGAAACCAGUGAGACUUAUGAUCAGUAUUGCUUAUGGGGUAACUGGACCAAAUAUAUGUGAAGAUUGCAUAUAGUGUAAUUACAGGACGGAAGGAAGGAAGAAAGGAAGCUGGUUGUGUAGUAUAUUUGCAACUUUGAUAUCCAUAUAUUUAUAUCCUUAUAUUUUUCAUGAAAGAUUCCUUGUGUCAUCAGCAUUUCUUGUUAAAACAAACUCUGCUUAAAACAAAUCAAACCUUUCCACCAAUUUAAUUAAUAAUUAAAUUGAUAAAAAUGUUAAGUAAACUGUCACACAAUCUUUUUUUUGUUUUUGUUGCUGUGAUAGCAUCUUGGAGGGCAGUUUAAUUGUACUGUAUAUAGUGUGUAGGCCUAGUUAUUAUUUUAUGGCAUGAGAAAACAUAUGUCCGUGUGUGAAAAGAAAUAACAACAAUAUAAGUUGUUUAAUCAUUAUUUGUUAUUCCUCUGCCACUGCUACUGUGUAUGUUGGGAUGUCAGGAUUAGUUUUAUGGCUCCAUCUCCAUCCUCCACUAGCCCCUCUUCCACAGAUCCCAGUGUUGAAACAGAAGUGGGAGUUGUGGUGAAGGGCAAGGGAGCACUGCGGGGGCCGAAACAGUUGAAGGCCGGGGCUGCCGUCUAUGACUGAUUUAUAUGUGCUGAAUGUGCUUGCGGAACAGUCUGCUCGCUCAAUAUGUCACCUAUAGCUUCUGCAUUUAUGGUGCUCCCCAAUUUUAACCUUGUUAACAGAAGGGAGUAGGCUAAAUGUUUAGGGCUGUAGUCGACAGAAAUGAUUUGCCAAUGGGUAGCGUACUUGAAGCAAUGAUUAUCAUGGGGUAGUGUUAGUUUUCUCCAUGACUGCUUUGUCUGGCAAUCUGAAGACUGUACUUUGGUUUCAGAUGGUGAUGAAAUCCCGAAAGGAUCAUAUUGGGUGACAACCCCAUCCAAAGCUAGUUAAGCUCAUCUCUAGGGAAUUCGUCUUUGGGCCUCUUUACUCUGCAGUCGUAUGUUUUGCCAAGUUGUAUUUUGUGGCGUAUACACUACAUUUGCAUACUUCAGCUUUACUCUUUGCACUCAGCUUUAAAAAGUUGUGACAAUAGUCACAAGGUCUGGCAUCUCUUAUUUCUCUGACCAGUUCACAUUAACAAUCUAAUCUAUUUAUGGAACCGCCCAUGACAAAGUGAAGAGACCCACAGUCGUGUAACAGACUACAAUUCCAAAUGCUCAUUCUUUAAGGAUGCUCACAUAUUUAGCUACAAAAUUGAGCAGAAGAUAUUACUAUUGUUAACUGGAGAUAAGAAGCUGAAAUAUCCGACUAUUAAUUGUAGCUGUGUGUUUAUAGCCUUAAGAAACUGUCUGUUGUAGAACAGAGACGUCUGCAGUGAAGAACUUGCGCCACAUGAAGUGCUUCAUAGGGGUUUUUAUCUUUACCAAACAAGCUUAUUAAUAAUCGCCAACCUCCUAUUACACUAUGGGCAUUUGAAAGUAUAAUCAUGCCUAAAAAUAUGGUAUGUCAGUCUCUUAAGUUUGUAUUUUUAAUUUAUAUAAAUGUUUUCUUUGGACCAAUGUGGUGUACUUGCAAGCAGAGGUUGUCAACAUUGUUUCACAUUCUAUUUAAAUCAAUACAUGGUGACCUGGUUGGAUUGUAAACUGUAAACCAUGGUGUCCGCCUUAUGUGUAAAAUGUGUAUUUGUAUUAUAACAAUUAUAUCUACAAUUGUUCUGUGAAAGAUCUUAUUUUCAGAGCUGCUUUUUUUCAAUGGGAUUUGAAAAGCUCCUCUGUGUAUGCCCUAUGGCUUCAGGUCAAGUAAAGCAGAUAUCUAAGAGUUACAAAUAAUGUUCAUUUAGAAAAUGGUUGUUUUGUGGACAAUAUCUAACUGUACAAACUGUGUGUUUGUAUAUAAUAAAAAUACCACUGGAGAAUGG